AUGCCACUACAGAACCAACCCGGUCUGGCUCUGCGAGACAAGACUGUACCAUUACUGCCCUCACUAUGUCAACCCAAACUGUUGCUGCUACUGGUACGCGCACUCUUCGGCCCAUACGACGCCUGCGAGUUCAUCACGCCCGAAGCAUACUCUGCGAGGGGAGACCGCUGGGACCAACUCGUCUCCUUGGCUCUACCCGCCCCCUCCGAGAUCGCGGCCUCUUCUCGCGCCUCCAUAACGAUGACCGCCUGUCGGCGUACUUUCAUGCGCCUUGGCAGAUCUACCAUCAGAACCGCUCGUGUGUACUACUUUGGACGAGAAGCUGUCGAGAUACGUGAGCGCGAAGUAAACGUUCCUCACUAA